AGGGUUGGAGUGACCCGGAAGUGUUCCCCGAAAGCUCGCUCCCCGCCCAGCUCCGGCCACGCCCUCGGUGCGCACGCGCGAUAGCCUCGACACUACCCCCCCACCACCACCUCCCCACCCCCGGCACAGGGGCGGGCGCACAGAGAGCGGGCGGGCGGGCAUGCGCACGUCACCGUCUACGUCGUAGUGAACGAAGCUGCGCUGCUUGGUCCAGAGGGCGGGGCUUUCAGUCAAAGUACACAAGCUACUCAGUGAAGAGAGAAUUCUGCUGGAGGGAAUGGCUGCCUCCUCGUCCUCGUCGUCAGCUGGCGGGGUCAGUGGGAGCUCUGUCACUGGUUCUGGCUUCAGCGUUUCAGACCUUGCCCCGCCACGGAAAACUCUGUUCACCUACCCUAAAGGAGCCGGAGAGAUGUUAGAAGACGGCUCUGAGAGGUUCCUCUGUGAGUCGGUGUUUAGCUAUCAGGUGGCGUCCACGCUUAAACAGGUGAAGCAUGAUCAGCAAGUUGCUCGGAUGGAAAAACUGGCUGGCUUGGUGGAAGAGCUGGAGGCUGAUGAGUGGCGGUUUAAACCCAUCGAGCAGCUGCUGGGGUUCACACCCUCUUCGGGUUGAUGUCGCCUGCAUGGUCGCUCCUAGGGCACAGCCACCCAGAGAUUCACAGCUGUACUAUGAGCUGCAUGUCUGAAUUCACAUCCUAACUUGAUUCCUCUGUUUCUAUUAUCAGGCCACAAAUGCUCAUGUGAGAUGUUACUGAGAAGUCUUUCACAUGUUUGCUUCUAAAAGUAUUGGGAGGCAAGUGUAGAAGGGUCUCUGUGAGUUCGAGAAUGGCCUGAUCUACAUAAAGUUCCAGGACAGCCAGGGCUACAUAGACCCUGUCUCAAAAACAAAACAAAACAAACAAACAAAAAAAGAUAUAAGAGCUAGCUAGAA